AUGAGUUCGGCAAGUGACAAAAGUGGAAUUGAUAUGAGUGUCUGUGAUGAUUGUAUUAGUGAAGCUGUUAGUGCAAUCAAUGUUUUACUUAAUUUGAUACUUGAUGAAGGUGUUAUUGAAAAUUGUGGUGAUUUAUGCGAUGCUUUGGCUAAUAAAACAGGCUCUCAACCAGCUGGAUUUGUUUGUCUUGUUGUUUGCAAUGCUUUAGGUAUUGGUGAACUUAUUCGAAUACUUGAACAUAGUGAUAUAGAUCCUAUUUGGUAUUGUCAAAUUGCAAAAUUAUGUCCAAUUAAUGAUAAUGGUGAUGCAAAAUUUCUUGAUUUUCAAAUGAUACCAUCUACUGGUCGUGUAGGUACAGAAUUUAUUAUUGAUUGUUCAUUUCAAUCGAAGAAUGGAACAGGACCUGGUAUGCUUACAAUUACUAUAGUUACUCCUCAAAAUCAAACAGCAAGUAAUAAUUUUGGACUUGAUGCAAAAAAACCUGGAACUUAUGAUCUAAGAAUUGGUGUUAAAACUCUUAGUAGAACUUGCAAUCCUUUUGAUGAUUCAUGCAAUGCUUUUCCAACUGGUACUUAUAAUGUAACUGCAUAUCUUUGUAAUGGAGAAUGUGGAUCACAUCAUCCACAUUCAUCUAUCUAUGAUUUUGGUCGCAGUUCAUUUACAGUUACACCAUGA